GUGGAUAGCAGAAGAGCUAUUCUAUGUGUGGCAGUUAUGUCAUACCUCUUAGUCGUUAUCUCUGUCAUGAGUGUUUCUCAGGAAGAUCUUACCUUUGAGAAGAGCUCGCUGAUAUCUGCUUGUAGAAAAAGUGCGAACCUUCAAACUACAGGAGAAUACAGUCAAGCCUGCUUCAUGUCCCUUACAGACUGCUUGCAUUCUGAAGACAUGAAAAUUGAAAACAUUUCACAGAAUCACAGAAUGGGCAAGAUUGGAAGGGACCUCUGAAAUCAUCCAGUCCAACUCCCUGCCUUGCAGGAUCACCUAGAUCACAUUGCACUGGAUGGCAUCCGGGCGGGUUUUGAAUAUCGCCAGAGAAGGAGACUCCACAACCUCUCUGGGCAAACUGUUCCACUGCUCUGUCACCCAGUUCAUCUCUUUUUCCUGCAUUCUGUGAAGUGAAAGUAUAUUUCUUAGAUUUUUUUUUUUAAUGUAUGUGCUCAUUUGGAAAAAGCUAUUGAUGCUAAUGAGUAUUUCUUCCAGAAAUGGGAAGGCUGAAAAAUCUUUUGGUGAAGGAGAUUCAAGAUGAACAACAACCUUCUAAAACAGGAAUGAAUUUGAUUGUGUCUUUUUUUAAAGCCUGCUACCAGUGAUAUCCUAGAAAUAAUUAGAGAAGAAUAUUCCUGGUUGUAGAUCUUGAAGACAAAACAAAAGGCUGAUACUAUAAACUGUUUGUCCAAUUAAAAUACCUGUGACAAGAAGGGAAAGAAUGAAUUUUAUCCAUGGGCAGGGGACUGAAGAAAUGUGUGUAUGAUUGCUCUACCCUCAGAAGAGGAUCUGAGGUGAAAAUGAGAGCCCAUGAAGAAUUAAACUUGCUCAAGAGAGUGGAAGAACAUGUUAACAAGGAAAGAUAAAAACUGAGCAUGGAAAGUUUGGCCAAAUAAUUUCCAAGACGGACCAUGAUGACUUUGUAUUUUUUAUGUGCAAAUUACAAAGAGGGCAAAAACUCCGACUUGAAAAAAGAUGCUAUAACUGGGAAUAGUGGAUUGAAAAGUGAUGAAAAAAUUUCAGACAGAACAUCUGGGAAAAAAAGAUGUCCUAAAGGAAAAGAAAAUAACGCCUGGGAACAAAGUGAUCAGUGAUGCCGCGGUCCUGAUCGUGGAGAGCUCCCAGCUAGACAGCUCCAGCGCCAAGGUGAACUCCAUCAAGUCCACCCUGAUGGGGGAGGCUCCAACUCAGGCAACCAACAGAUCCGCAGGCAUCCACCAGGGACUGACGCUUGCUAGCAGUAAGAAGGGCAAAAUGCUAGAGCAGAUGAGAAAACCUCCCAAACACUAUCACCGGCAAGGAGAGGCCUAUCCUUGCACCAACGAUAAGGAAUGUGAAGUUGGGCGGUACUGUCACAGUCCUCAUCAAGCAACAUCUGCAUGCGUGAUAUGCCGGAGGAAGAAGAAGCGUUGCCACAGAGAUGGAAUGUGCUGCCCUGGGAAUCGCUGCAACAAUGGUAUUUGCGUACCUGUAACUGAAAGCAUCCUUACGCCUCACAUCCCUGCUCUAGAUGGGUCCCGCAACAAGAAGAAUGGUCAUUAUGCUAGCAAGGAUUUGGGAUGGCAAAACUUAGGGAGGCCACAGUCCAAGCUGUCACACAUAAAAGGACAUGAAGGCGAUCCCUGCCUACGGUCAUCAGACUGUAUUGAGGGACACUGCUGUGCUCGCCAUUUCUGGACCAAAAUUUGCAAGCCUGUGUUGCAUCAGGGGGAGGUGUGCACCAAACAGCGCAAGAAAGGCUCCCAUGGACUGGAGAUUUUCCAACGAUGUGACUGUGCCAAGGGGCUGUCUUGCAAAGUAUGGAAAGACGCGACCUCCUCUUCUAAAUCACGACUUCACGUAUGUCAGAAAAUCUGAGUGAGGACUGGGAAGAUAGCAUUAAGUGACUGUGGUUUUAUGUAUUUAAUGCGUUACAGCAUGGUGGGAAACAAGGACUGCACGUGAAAGAGGAGUGGCUUAAGCAACAGUUAGGAUAGGAGUAGAAAGAAGUCACAAAUGCAUUUCUUUUGAGCUGGUGGUAAACACAAGAGCAGCUGGAGAUUUCCCAGUGUGCAGUUCUUCUGUAAAUAACUCCUACAGGUUGUGGGAAAUGCUAGUAUGCAAACAAGUACGGUGGAAAUUAAUGCCACUUACCUUGCUGUGUUGUCCCAUGAUGUUCUGGGGUUCAGUAUAUGGACUACAGUGGUUUUCCAGCAUCACAGUGCCUGCUAAAUAGAUUGUAUACAUUGUACAUAUAGGAAGCAGUGCAUUCCAGGAAGGCUUGUCUGUCAACACAUUAUUGGUCACUAAAAUACACAUUGCAGGUGUGAGAGAGGGAAAUACAGUUACUUGAAUGUCCAUACACUCUCGUCAUUCAGGGCUGACACUUCAGCAAAGCGCUCCUGCAGGACAAGAGUGCUACAAGAGUGCUAAAUUUUGCAGGCCCUUGCGAAAGAGGUGAAAACUUGCCAUCUUGCGAUUCCAAGACAGCAGCAAUUUCUCUAAUCAGAGGCCUUUAAACAGGGUUUUAUUUCGUAUAUUUAGGUAAACUGAAAUGCUUUAUGUAGUUCAAUGUCAUAGUAUGGUACUUAAUCGCUUGUAUUUGUCUCGGUUUACUGCUAGUAUACAUUGGACUGAACAGAUGAAGCAAAUACGUGCAUGCUGAAUCCAGAAUUAUAUACAGGCAGUUGCUCGUUAGUCCUAAAUAUACUUUCUUUGCCUAAACAUACUUGCAUUAUAGACAUUUCCAAAGAGACAGCAGAGUGUUGAAGUACAUAACAUUAAGAGCUAUAAAAUUGUGCCGCUGUUGUAACAGACAAUAUAGGCACUUGUUGGGGGAUUUAGCCCAUAGUGCUAUAAACUCAAAGUUUUACAUUUUAAUAGUAGCAGUGGGCUACAGUUUGCUAUUAGUGCUCAAUCUGGUUGCACUCUGCAGAAGCAUAAAUGGAUUUGUUUCUUAGAGGUAGAAAAUUAAAAAGAGUUGGCUCUUGUGAGCACCUUCUCUCCGGCAGAAAAGGCUGUAAGAAGAUGGUAUGACCACAAUGACUUGUUAAGCAUCAUGGGAUGUUGCAGCACACCAGUCUCAUGUGUAUCCAACCUGAACUUGAUCUUUUCUCAGUCUGGACUGUUCUGCCAGGAGUGAUGGAAGUACAUGGACUGUGGAAACAGCUAACAACUCUACAUUGUUGGUGUACUGGUUAAAAAAGGACAGUCUACAUCGUUUGAUUUCUAUCACAGGUCUUUUCAAACAUUUUUUUUAUUUUUAAUUUUACUUAUUUGCAAGUAUUCCUUUGUAUAGACAUUGGUAAAGAGACUAAUUUUUUUAAAAAGUCCAGUUCUAUAACUGACCUAAUGCUAAACUGUAAUUAGCUGUUUAAAAUUACCCACUGUCAUGUUUUAUAACACAAGAGAUCUUUCUGUUUAAUCAGUUCUGAAAGCAAGGACACCAGUAUGUAGUUUUAAGACCAUGUCACCCAUACUUUAGACACCUUUUUCCACUGACAUGUCUCUAUCAGUGGUUGUUUUAAAGCUAUAGCUUUUAUACACCCCGACUCAGAUUUCCUAAUUAGAACACAGACCUCAGCUAUGUUACCUUUAUCUUUCAUAAGAGUAUAAAUAAGAGUAGUUCACAAGCCUCUUUCCCUACUGGAGUUAGUUUUUAUUGGCCUAGAGGGACUGCUCUGAGACAGUUUCUUCUGUUUUUAAUAGUCUCAGUCAGACUUUAAUCUCACAGUCCUACCCAUUUAACUCUGUUUAUUUCAGAGGAGUUUUUCUCGUAGGAAUAAGGCUUAGAAAUAGCAUCAUUUCAAAUAUUCAAAAAAUACAGGAACCAAUUCUGCAAGUGUUGUUUACACUGACAGCACAUCCUCAGCAGAGGAGCUCUACUGCCUUCAUUGUGAUGACAUGUAAAAGAAAAUGUAACCAGCUUGAGCAGGGGGGGGUUGCAGAAAUGGGCUCUCAGCAAUUUUCCUCUCUUCUCAUCAUUGGCCUAGCCCCCUCCCUUUUCCUCUUACAUACCGUAGUUAUUUCGGAUAAUUUAUUUACAGGAAAUGUUUAAUGAGAUGUAUUUUCUUAUAGAGAUAUUUCUUACAAAAAGCUUUGUAGCAGAAUAUAUUUGCAGCCUGUUGACUUUAAUGUAGAAAAAUGUAUAAUAAGAUUAAAUAUAUUAAAUGUC